UUUCAUGAUGGCUGAUGGUUUACACCUCCCCUGUGGAGCAGACCAAGAGAUAGUAAUUUUACAUAGCAACCGAACCUAAAUCUUAACGUACUUCGUGCAUGUCGUUUGUGUGCUGUAAGAGUGACAGUAUACAACAGGAGAUGACUUAGGCAGAAGACGAAUGGUAGAAAUCAACUGACAAUGACGGUGACAAAACUGACCUGUUCUAAAAAAGAGGCUGUUACUAUUAAGCUCCCAGAUGACUAUACCAGACAGCCUAUUGCUGACCUUAAAACAGAUGGCAUUUACUCCAAGAAAUAUAUACAGGGUUUUGUGUCCUCUAAAUGGGAUUUACAGUACAAGAAGAAAAAGCCUUACCUGUUGAAACUUGUUAUUGACGAAAGUAAUGUGUCUACCACUGGUCCAGCUUCCAAUACCAGUUCCAUCAGUGUGUUCUGUUUUGGUGACUUGGCCAAGGAAGUGGAACAGAUACUCAAGGGGAAUUUUGUGAUCAUAUCAGGGUUUACUGUUGAGCAGUCUAAUCGAUCAACGGCAGGUCAUACGUGUCAAGUGUGUGUGAAUGAUGAUAAGGGAGAUGUAAAAAUCUGGAUUGUAGACAUCCGAGGAAAAGUCAAGGUAGUUUCUGACAUAGUCGCACGCCCACCUCGAAAUGCAACUUCUGACGUCCCCACCAAAAAGCGAAACCCACCACAGUACGAAUACACUACCAUCGACAAAGUCAAGGCAACCUCUAGUGUAAAUCUCUUCGCUGUGGUGAAGUUUUUCAAACCUCCAUAUCGCACAAGGGGAACAGAUCUUUGCCAGGUUAUGAGUCUUGUGGAUCCUACAUGUGACUGUCUGACAAAGUUAAAGUGCGUCUUCUUCAUUAGACCACCUGCAGAAGUGCCACCGGUGAAAUUAGGCUCUAUUGUACGAUUUCAUAGAUUAAAGGUUGUUAAUUACAAUGGAGAGCCACAAGGCAAUAACUCGCCUGGGUUCUCUUGGCUUGUGUUUGAGGGUGAGGAAGGAGCGAGUUUAGAGCCAAAGACCUCUAGCUCCCAGUUUACCCUUACUGAUGGUGAUAAGGAAAAGGUUAAGGAGUUGAGAAAGUGGGCUGCUGGUUUGGAUGAGUUCAGCAAGAAUGUUAAGCAAUUUACCUUGGGUGAUUUUAUACCUGGCAGCUAUUCUGAUAUUGUCGUUCAGGUGGUGUCCACUGGUGUUGUUGAGGAAGGUGUCUGUAUAUUGCUGAGAGUCUGGGAUGGAACAAAACUGUUGUAUCCUGUUAGAUCAAUUGACGUAAGUGGUGAAAGCUGUGACCUCGACACUGAUGCAGAACUUGAUAAGAUAGCCCAAGGCUUCAUCUAUGAUGUAUGUCUUUUUGAUGAUCAUUAUGCAAAUGGCAGAGCUAUUAAGCCAGGAGAUCUCAUUAAUCUUCGAAAUUUGCAUGCUGCUGUGUAUAAAAAUGCAGAGACAAGAGAUGAGUACAAUGCUUUACAAACUGUUGAACUGGUGUUACAUAGGGGGACUUCUUAUGGCCGUGGUGUGUUUAAGGCCAAACCAGGUGUGCAAGAAACAGAGAACCUGACAAACAGACUUGAUGCAAUCAAGGAGAAGGUUAGGAGUAGCAAAGGUGGACAAGAUGGAAGUGCUGAAUCACCUAGUACAUCAACAAGGGUGCCCCAAAAGACAGAAAUGCCACAAGAUUCUUCCAUAGCAAAAGACAAGGCUGGCCUAUCUUGUUUAGAAGGGAAUGUGGCUAACAUAAACAGACAAGAUGAAAUUACCACAGAGUUGUGCAAUCAUAAUGUAUCUGCAGAAAACUCGAGGCAGCCAGAGAAAAGGGGAGUUUUUCAUCUAAAUACACAGAGUGAAAGGUUGUCACCAAAUAAAAAAGUUGUCAGGCUUUCUGAUCACUGUGAAAGUUAUAGACAGGUUCAUUUUAUCACACCUGGGUCACCUGAGCUGCAGCUGUCAUGUGACCCAGCUGUCUCUCCUUUGCAAUCAGAUCAAAUCCUGGAUGCUAACAGGUGCAUGAUGGACACUGCGACAGUUCUCACAGCACAUCAACACAUAAAAAGUUGUUGUCUGUCAGAGGUGAAGCGGCACAACGUUCCUUAUAAGUUCCGUGUUCUGGCCAAAGUGGUGGAUUAUCAUCCGAAGACAGAGUAUCCCGAGGAUCUGGUCAAGUUGUACUGCCCGCAGUGCCACUUUGUAGUGCGCCCUGAUAUAUCACCUGAUGGACAGCUGAAGUACCCCCAUUGCAUAAAGUGUAUUAAGGAAACUUCAAAUCCAGUAUCAGAAUCAGCUUCCCCUUCCAUGGAGUACACAUUUAUUCUGAAAUUCAGUCUGAAUGAUGGUGAAGAUGCUAUUGUAGCUCGUCUAUGGAGGGACAGUGCAACAGAAUUUUUGCGUGGAACCAAGCCAGAGGAUGUCUUAAAAGAUUCCAGAACCUUCAAAAGAGUCAGAUGUGACCUGAUGGCAUUGUUGGGGACAGAUCAGUCCAAACCAUGGUUAGAAUGUUGCAUCAAAUCUUACAGCAGUCAAGCAGGAACCUGUUACCAGAUAUUUGAUACAACUUUGGCAUGAAUCUCAUAUUUUGUUCAAGAAAAUAUGUUUGUGUUGAUAGUGGUUAAUUUUUUUAGUCCUAGACAUACAUAUUUCUUGUUGGCAUUUUAAUGGCAGAUACCUUGUAUGAAGUUUUUCGUUGAAGGUUUCAUGAAUUUAUGAAAUUGGUAUUAGCAUUCAUGAACAGCUGCCUGAGCUUCACAUAAUCUAAAUUGAUUAUGUCUGGCCAUAAUACAACAAAAAAAUUUGCCAACAUUUCAGGAAAAGUUCCAUUUCAGUGAUCAUUACAAUGUAUAUAAUACCACAUUAUAACCAAGAUGCUCCUUGCAGUGUUAAAGGAUGUAAAGCCCUUUUAUCACCAAGCUGCUCAUGACAUUGUGAAUAAAGCUUUAUCAUGUUCAUUACAAGGUAACUAAAGCCUCCUUUUUACUUAUUAAUUUAUACAUGCAAUGCACCUCCAU